UGAAGAGCAAAACCCUGUCUCAAAAAAAAAAAAAAAAAAAAAAAGACUCAGCAGGACCCCUGUGCAGGGCUGAAUCACUGUAGGAACCCAGCCCCUAUGAUUCCUUACCUGGAUGCAUCCCCUGUGCGGCCUGCAAUGUGUGUUCUCAGGGGCUGGGCUGGGUGGGGUGUGCAAACCCAGAUUCACCCCAUCCUGGGUCUGGGGGUUGGUGGGAGGAGAACUGAGGUCAUUUUUGCACAGGGUGAGGUGAGACUUUGGGGUUGGGUCAGGUCCCCCUGGCGGAGAGCUUUGUCUUCCACAAACACAAAACCUGGAAAUGGUUGAGGAAGAUGGAACCUCCUAACGACCAUUGUUUGGGGCAGGAGUGGGUGCCCGGAAGCAUGGGUGGCAGUAGGGGACUCACAGCUGCAGCUGCCUGCUGGACUUCUGUUCGAGAAUGGGAGCAGCUGCGCGGGUGGGAGGCAGAGAAGGUGGCGUUCGUUCACUCGGCCAGACCUUUCUGCACGCCCGCUCCAUGCUGGGCACUGGGCUGUUCACAGGGUCCCCAGGGGGCUAGGUGCCAGCCCUGCCUCCAGAGUGUGUGGCCCAGCACAGUUGGAAGCUGGUCUGUCAGCUUAGUCCCUUGGUGAUGUUUGUGUGCCUGGCUGAGCUCGGCUCCAGCCGGCCUGUUGACCCUGGCUGUGGCCCAGGCCCUGGACUGGGUGCUCUGUCAUGCUAUCCCACCCCAUCCUCCCAGCAUCCCAGUGAUAAGUGUUAUCGUCACCAGGGCGUGUGUGCGGAAGCCCAGGCUCACUGAGGUUAGUGGCUUGGCCGGGGUCACACACCGAUUGGUUCCACCAGGGUUAAGAUUUGGGACCCACCCUGCCGGGUGGUGGGCUUUGGAAUAAGAGCAUAUGCAGGGGCUGGCAUGAGUCCAGCUGCCCCGUCCCUCCUCCUCCCACCACUGCCCAGACGGGAACACCUGUCCCGGAAACUGUGGCCAUUGUUCAUGUCAUCCUUCCUCCUUUUGGGCCCUUCCUGUUUGUAUCCCUCCCACUGUAGCCCCCAACCCUCCCCCACCCCAUGCCAGAUGUUUCCCUUGGGGAGCUUUGACCCUUUGCAGGAAGAGGGGCUGCAGGGGUUAUCCCUCUCCCAUGGGUAGGAGGGUCCCACUGGCCUUGGGUCUCUGUGCCUUCUCCCCACCCCACAGAUUUGGUGGGGAACAUGGCAGGAGGGUAAGCAAGGUCAGGUUCAGCCAGGCUGAGUUUGUCUUCCUUAGCCCUGUGUGGGCCCAGUGCUGGGAGGAGGGUUCCUGUCCUGCUGCUUCAGGGCCUAUCCCCUCCCCGUACUUCUGAAUCCCACACGGGCCCCUAGGUGGAGCUGGCCCUUCGGUGCAUGGCUGGGGCACCACUGUUCUUCCUUAGACUCAGUCCAGCAAGUGACAGAUGGGCAGGUGGCUUUGGGGCUUGUACUUCCUUCUCUUGCCAGUCUAGGGAUCCUGUCCUGGGGUUCUCUCUUGGACCCACAUCUGCCUUACCUGGGCCUGGGCCAGGUUGUGGGGAGCUACAGGGAGCAAGUGCCUUGUUUUCAGGCCCCAGGGAAGUUGGGUGGCCAGUGCCCACCUGCCCCAAUGGAGCUUUCCAAUUCCCAGAAGCAGCUGCCUGUGCCCUGUUGAAAAUUCAUGGCCACAGCCCCAGGCCCUGCUGGCAUUGCCAUGGGCAGCGUGGGCAGCCUGUUGGAGCGGCACGACUUGUCCCCUGAAGAGCUGCGGGCGGCCCUUGCCGGGUCUCAGGGCUCCCGCCAGCCUGAUGGGCUCCUCCGGAAGGGCUUGGGCCAUCGUGAGCUCUUCAGCUACCUGCACUUCCCCAAGAAGGACGGCAAGAGCACCAAGCGGGCCCCUCGGAACGAGCCUGCAGACUAUGCCACUCUCUACUACCGGGAACAUCCUCGCGCGGGUGACUUCAGCAAGACCUCGCUGCCGGAGCGGGGUCGCUUCGACAAGUGCCGCAUUCGCCCCUCGGUGUUCAAGCCUACGGCGGGCAACGGGAAAGGCUUCCUGUCCAUGCAGAGCCUGGCAGCCCACAAAGGCCAGAAGCUGUGGCGCAGCAAUGGCAGCCUGCACACGCUGGCCUGCCACCCGCCCCUGAGCCCUGGGCCCCGGGCCAGCCAGGCCCGGGCACAGCUGCUGCACGCCCUCAGCCUAGAUGAGGGCGGCCCUGAGCCGGAGCCCAGCCUGUCUGACUCCUCCAGUGGGGGUAGUUUUGGUCGCAGCCCUGGUACUGGCCCUAGCCCCUUCAGCUCCUCCCUUGGCCACCUUAACCACCUCGGGGGCUCCCUGGACCGGGCCUCUCGAGGACCCAAGGAGGCGGGGCCACCAGCUGUGCUGAGCUGCCUGCCCGAGCCACCACCCCCCUACGAGUUCUCCUGCUCCUCUGCCGAGGAGAUGGGAGCCGUGCUGCCCGAGACCUGUGAGGAGCUCAAGAGGGGACUCGGCAAUGAGGACGGCUCCAACCCCUUCACGCAGGUGCUGGAGGAGCGCCAGCGGCUGUGGCUGGCUGAGCUGAAGCGGCUGUAUGUGGAGCGGCUGCACGAGGUGACCCAGAAGGCUGAGCGCAGCGAGCGCAACCUCCAGCUGCAGUUGUUUAUGGCUCAGCAGGAGCAGAGGCGCCUGCGCAAGGAGCUGCGCGCUCAGCAGGGCCUGGCUCCAGAGCCUCGGGCCCCCGGCACCCUCCCAGAGGCUGACCCCAGUGCACGACCAGAGGAGGAAGCCCGAUGGGAGGUGUGCCAGAAGACAGCAGAGAUUAGCCUCUUGAAGCAGCAGCUGCGUGAGGCCCAGGCGGAACUGGCCCAGAAGCUGGCGGAGAUCUUCAGUCUGAAGACACAACUUCGGGGCAGCAGGGCACAAGCCCAGGCUCAGGACGCAGAGCUGGUCCGGCUGCGCCAGGCUGUGCGCAGCCUGCAGGAGCAGGCCCCUCGGGAGGAAGCCCCAGGCAGCUGUGAGACUGAUGACUGCAAGAGCAGGGGCCUGUUGGGGGAGGCAGGAGGCAGCGAGGCCAGGGACGGUGCUGAGCAGCUGCGGGCUGAGCUGCUGCAGGAGCGACUUCGGGGCCAGGAGCAGGCGCUGCGCUUCGAGCAGGAGCGGCGGACUUGGCAGGAGGAGAAGGAGCGCGUACUGCGCUACCAGCGGGAGAUCCAGGGGGGCUACAUGGACAUGUACCGCCGCAACCAGGCACUGGAGCAGGAACUGCGGGCACUGCGGGAGCCCCCCACGCCCUGGAGUCCCCGGCUGGAGUCCUCCAAGAUCUGAGGCCAGCAGAGCGAGCUGACAGCAGAAACACUGUCAGAAGGUGCCCUGAGACGGCCGGCUCAGCCUUCCCUUGCACUGAUUGGGGUGGAACCUGCAGAGGCCAGGCCAGGGCUGGGGAGGCACAAGGAGAGGAGGGAUCCAGUGGGGCCGUGGGCUGGGUAGGGUGCCUUGGUAGGAGCCAAGACAAGGCCCUCCUGGCAGAGGAGCACCUAGGAAGGGCCCGGCCCUGCUUCCUGGAGUGGAUGUGGCCCAGAGAAGGAGGCUGGGGGAUCACCAGCUCCAAGGUCCCGAAGGGCAGGUCAAAGGGAGGCUGAAGACCUGGACUGGGGCCUUCCUCCAUGGAAGGAUGCUGGGCUGGGAACAUUAGCCUCCCCCAGAAUAAAACCACCGUUUUCUACCAGAGGCUCAGAAUAUGCUGAGCCUGUCCCUGACCUGAGACCAGAGGAUGAUGGAUGGUCAGGAUUGAGGCUGUUGACCUGGGCAGCAGCUCCUCCCAUAGCCUGUGGUCAGUGGAAGGGUGUGCCCCGCACCUGUCUUCGUGGCCACUGGGCAUGUAUGUUGUGAGCAGAGGAAUCUUACUCCUUGCCUCAGCCCCACACAGUUCCUUAGCUGCCGUGUGGGCUGAAAUUCCUUUCUUUAGCACCAGUGGAUUUUUCAGAAGGAACAAUAUCAGGGAAUACCAAGAAAACAAAGGGCAAGUCAACCAGGGCGUUCUGAGAACAUGAAAUGUCUUCCUGGUGGGAAGGCUGGGCCCCAGGAGUAUCCACAGGCUCAGGCCCCGCCCCUCCCAGAACCCACCUCCUGUCUCCCUCCCUCCAUAGGAGUGGGGGCCCCUAGAAGUGGAGGGGCCAGGAAGAACAGUAUCCUUCCCGGCCCCUUGCUCUGCCUCAUUCCCUGUUCGUAGGAAGGUGCAGGAGAAGAGGUGGGCAAGCUUACGGGUUUCUUGGUAAAGAACUUUUACCACAGCAAGGGACGGAAACAUUUCCCCAUCAGCAGUGUGGCUCUGGGGCAUUAUUAAGUAGGGGUGAAAUAUGAUUCAUUUGCAUUCUGGAAAGCUCUCCAGGAGAAAGCAUUCCCCACCCCGCCUUGCCUCUGUCCUGCACCCCGCUCUAGGAUGGUCAGUCCUCCCAGAUCCCUGCUGUCAGCUGAGGCUGGUCCCUAAAACCCACACUUGCCUCUGGCCUCUCACAGGCCUGGCUUGCCCUCUGGGCCUUUGCUCACCCGCUGGGUUCCUGGCCUGGAACACAGGUUCAGUCUGGCUGUGUGAGUGGCGUCUCUCCCUUAGAGGGAAGCUCAGCUUCCUUACACACUCGUUGUUGGACCGGCUGCCAGGCAUUGCGUGCUUACUGUGCGCCAGGGGCUGUGUUGGGCCCUUGUGAAUGUGGGGGCGCAGGCUGAAUUAGAUGAGCUCCUGCCCCAGGAGGGCCUGCACACUGAUGUCAGCUCACCAGUCCCUUCCCUGACAGGGCAGCUCAGGGAACUUCGGAGAAGUUGUCUGCAGACAGCUACAGAUCACUCCCUUUGGCUACCCUGGCCAUGCCUGGCAGCCCCUCAGGGCCCACAGGUGGGUCUUGGUUGUGAAGUGGAGUUAGUGCACAUGGAUGUAGGGGGACGGGUGUGAGGCAUGAGCUGGGAGACCCCGCCUUUUCAGGGCAGAGAGUGAGGCGAGUGCACUACCUGCUGUGGCAAUGGUGUGUUUAUGGCCAUGUAAGUGGCAGGUGUGUGUAAAGAUGUGCUUGUGGGUGGUGGGUGUGUCCAAGGGGGUGUGUUUGGGAGCCUGGCCUCCAAAAGCCAGUGUCUGGGUUGGAGACAGUGCAGGCCCCUUCUUGGCCCCACCCUCUACCCCAUUUCUUCCUGUCGGCCCCAGCUUGUCUUGGCACUGGCCAGGCUGGGGCGGAGCCUGUGAUCCAGACAGAUCCCCUAGGCCUAUCUGAGACCCAUGCAGGCCCACACCUGAGCUCCUGUCUGCCUGAGGAGGGAAAGGGGGAGUGCCUAGGUCAGGCAGGCCAAUCCUCUACACAUCCCCCUGGUACCCAUUCCCAUUUCACAAACUUCUCCAAACCCCAAACGGUAAUUUCUGAGACAAUGGCCCCUCCAGAGGGCCCCUCAGAGCCAGGUGCUGGCCAGAUGCCUUGAUCACAGCCUCCGUGGCCAGGGGCCCAUCAGGCCAGGUGCCCACACACCUGGUGCCAGGGUCCACCUUGGUAUUCCAGCUCUGCAGAACAGUUCCCCACCCAGCAAUUAGGGAGCUGGGCUGGCCAGUACAGCCAGUGGGGAGUGGGUGGGAGGUACCAAAACUUGGCAGGUGUGCCAGAAACCAAAGCCAGGCCCAGAUGUAGGGGGAGGGCACAAGAGCUGAACCCGAACCUGGGGCGUCUCGGAGCUGGUUCCCCGUCAGCUCAUGCGGGCUGGACAAACCAGUUCCUGGGUCUCCCAGCCGGCUGGGUGGCUCUGGGGCCAACCGACCACAGGUGUCACUGAUCACAGGUGUCACGGUAGUGGCUAACACCUCGGGGCAGCCCCUCCCUCCUGCUGGUGGGGCCUCAGCUUCCCAGCUGCCCUGGCUUAGCCUUCCCUGCAGCCCCUCCCCAGCAGGCUUGGUCCGGGCAGCCAGCUCUGCUGAAGGUGGCUGCCUUCUGGUGCUGGGCUCCCUGCCUCUGGGGCCUCCAGUCCUUCACUCAGUGUCAUCCCUUCCAGCAGCUCCCUGGGCCCCUUGGUCCAUCCCUUGAGGCUUCUGACACACUAGUGGCCUCUAGUCACUGAUAGUGGUGCCUCCUUCUUACCUUGGAGCCCUCCGAGCCCUCAUCCUGCAGGCAGAGCCCCUCGGUGCUCUGAGAAACCUUCCCUGAACUCACCAACCCCCGCUGCCUGGGCACUCCCUUCUCCCUGCGCCCACAGCCCCCACGCCUCUCCGUCAGCGUUUUCCGUGCUGCUGUAAUUGUUGGUUUGCUUCGUCUCCUUUGAGCUGUGGGCGUUGCCAGGGUAGGGUGGUGUCUUCCCCGCAACUCCAGAAGGUACUGGUGGGAUGUGGAGUCAGGAGCAGCCACAGCCCCCCACACUAGAAUGGGUUUGAGCUUGGGGUGGGGUGGAUGGGGAAGAGACUUACUCCGAAUGUUCGUUCAACAUCCGUGGGCACCAGGUCUGUGGCAAGCACAGGGACUCCAGGGCCAGCUGCCAUUUGUUCCAAUGAUGUAUUUGGGGCCUUCUCAGGUGAGGAAGUCAAGCUGGCCAAGGCCCUCUGUCCCCUGCCCUAAUGGGACUUAGCUGUGGGUGGGGGAGGGAGGCCGCUCCAAAUAGCGUCUGGGGCCAGGCAGGAGGAAAGGAGAACAGAGGAGAAUCCAGAAGUGCUCGGACAGAACUAGGGACAACAGAGGGGCCUCCAUGGUGGCGAGUGGGUCAGCAGAGCAUGGAGCAGGCAGAGGAAGCCUAUCUGGGAGGCUGGGUGCAUUUCUCUAGACUCAGGGGAUAUAGGUGUUGGAGUUUCUGCAAAGAGGGCGCAGGCUCUGCAGUGACGGUUCAGAUAUUGAUAACCCAUCCCCCUUGGCGGGUCGGGGCUUAGACAUCCAUGUUGGAUUCAGAAAAGAACAAGAAUGAUGCUUCUUGCAACAAAACAAAAGUGAUUAUGUCACGAGAGGAGAGGCUGGAGGGCCCCAAGAGUUCCCAGCUGGCUCACUCAUCCGUCCAGGAGGUGGGGUCUCAUGGUUUCAUUUUGCUCUGGGCCUACUUAGAGUUUUGAUAAAUGCAGAGUUAUAUAACGAACCGACAAUGAAGAUAUAGAAUAGUUCUGUCACCCCCCAGCAUUCUCCCGUGGCCCUCUAGUCCUCCCCCUUGCCCCACCCCAGCCCCUGGCAACCACUGAUCUGCUUUCACAAUAACCGUAUGGGUUUUUUUUAUCUUUUUUGUGAGCAGUGUUUAAUUCCUUUGCUCUAAUAUGUAAUAUUAGAACAUAUUACAAAGUAGCAAGAAAAAUACGACAUUGGUGUAAAAAUAAUCUACACCUCACAGAAAGAAUGAAGAGCCAGAAAUAGAUUCUAUUCUGUAGAAAAUCUUACACAAUAAAGGACUUCAAAA